AUGUACCUUCAAAUGUGCACGGUCAGUCCUUACACUACGCCGCCUACGCAGUACUGGGCAACCAUUUCGUAUUAUGAAUUAAACAGCAGAGUCGGCGAAUAUUUCAAGGUGUACAAAAAUGAAUUGAUAGUGGAUGGUUUCACGGAUCCUAAUUCUGACGAACGUAUAUGUCUGGGACUCUUGUCGAAUGUGAAUCGAAAUCCUACCAUCGAAAACACUCGGCGACAUAUUGGGAAAGGAAUCAGUCUAGUGUAUACGAGCGACUACGAUCUCUACAUACGAAAUCUCUCCGAAUCAUCGAUUUUCGUGCAAUCGCGGAAUCUUAACUAUAACAUGCAUCAGGAGCCGUCCACAGUUUGUCGCGUUCCGGCUCACAGUUCCGCUAUCUGUGUGUUCAGCAACAUUGCCUUCCAACAGAUGUUGCAUCACGCGAAGUUGCGAGGAGCGGAAGAGUUACAUGCUCUGCAGAAAGUAUGCUUCAUACGACUUUCAUUCGUGAAAGGUUAG